UCAGCUGAAGACGUAAAUCAGCUGAUCGACGACUUAUUCCAGCGCCAUUCAGCAAAAUUCAGUUAGAUCUGAAUUAGAAUACCGAUAGACGAUAAAAUGUUGUUCAUCCUAGUUGCAUUUCGUCGUGACAGAGGUCCUUUUAGAACAACCAAACAAUCCAACUUUUUUGUGAUUUUGCUAAAAGAUAAUUUUGCUGUGCGAUUAUCAGUUACAUGACACAUUUGAAGGACAUGGAGGUUAUUGAAUUGGUAUCUGAUGAAGAUCAGUCAGACGGGACGGCAAAUAAAAAUAAAUCCAAAGUAUGCAACAGUAAUUGCAUCAAUUUUAAGUGUGAGUCUGGAGUAGAUAUGAUUCCAGCGCCUUCUUUUGCUUGCGCUUAUUAUGGGGUCACUAAUGAUAAGAAAAAGAAGAAACGUGUGAUAUGCAAAAAAUGCUUUAGCACUGCUCUGCAGCAUCAACAGCAACUGGUAAGAGCCUUUAUAGAAAAUAAACCACUAUUAAAUUGUGACUUUCCGGAUCAUACAAUGGAAGUUGAAAUUUCUGAUAGUGACGAGUCUGACACUGAAGAGAAAAAAGAAGGAGAUAACGGAGAACAAUAUAUACCAGAAGAUGUACUCUUAGAUAUUAAAAAUAAAUUAGAUGAUACAUUAAUGUAUAUCUCUAAAAAAUAUGAUUUAAAACACCAAACUGAGAUAGCUUGUAAGAGCCUGAAAGAGAAAUGGAACUCUAUAAAUGCAACAAAUGAGAAGCUUGAUCUGGACAUAAAAGGAUUAAUGAAAACCAUGGACAAGUUGCGUAAUGAAUUAUAUGAUGAAUAUAGGCCACAGAUCAAGAUGGUUGAAGAACUUCAGAUAACCGAUGGGCCUACAGAGACUCUUUUUCCAUUUGUGGCAACAAAAAAGGUUACACAAGUACGCCAUGCACCAAUUGCAAUGCCACAUGACAAUCAAGUGGAGAUCUUACCAAUUGAACAAGAUAGCAAUGAAAUUGUAAUUCCUAAUUUACCUCCAUGCGGGCCUCUUGUGAGAGCAAUUCCGGAUUUAAAUAGCAACGUUUAUGUCAUGAAAAGUCCUCUCAUGCCUUGGCAAAAAGCAAAGAUCCAUUGUAUAGCUUCGAAAAAUCCGUGGAGCGUUCGCGUGAGGAUAAUGCAUAAAAGAGGCUACCCGGUUUUUAAGACUAUUUACGGCAAACAUUUAGCGUUAGCUCAGGCGAGUAAGGUUCUAAUCCCGGUUGGGACACGAGUUGUUGCUAUGUUCAAUGAUGUCAUCGGCAGUAACUUCUACAGCGGAAUAAUUGCUGAGCCACCGAAAUCUCCGAAUAAGUACAGAUACUUGGUAUUUUUCGACGAUGGUUAUGCACAGUACGUCACCCACGAUGGUAUCUAUCUAGUUUUGGAGAACUCAUUGCACGUUUGGGAAGACGUGCCCAGCGAAUCGCGAGAUUUCGUGAAAAAGUACCUGGAAACAUAUCCUGAGAGGCCAAUGGUGAAACUACAAAGAGGUCAGAUAGUAAAAACCGAAUGGAAAGGCAAAUGGUGGAUCGCGAGGGCUUUACAAGUGGAUGCGAGUUUAGUACAAAUGUACUUCGAUGCCGACGGUAGGACUGAGUGGAUUUAUCGUGGAUCUACCAGACUAGGUCCGCUCUACCUUGAGUUGAUGAAAGCUUCUGCGAGACAACAGGGCAACAAGACACACCAUGUUACACCAAUCAAUGCACAUAAUCGAUUGUCUCGUCUUCCCGUUGUCUCAAAUAAAAACAAUCUGCCUUACGUCGAGUAUACGUCUAACGUGGAAGCGGAUGAGGAAAUAACACAGAAUGCACGAAUAACGAAAGCAACAGCCGCGACAAACGCAGUGCCUUAUACAUCGGCAUCUACCGCACCAGCGUCUGCUGCACCGCAACAGUCACGAGCGGUAGCCAAGAAAAGUACAGCCAAGAGACAAAACAACACAGACAAUGCAACAACAACAGCAGUAACAACGUACAAUUCUCAAAUGGAGAUGAAACCACAUCACAGUAUCGUGUUUUACCAUACCCAAAGAAAAUACGAGCCGAAGAAGUACAUUUCUCACAAAUGCGGAUCAAGAUGCAUUAAACACAUCAAGAUUUCGCAUGAUGAUUUGAAGGGGCUGCCACCGCUCUCUAUUCCCCUGUUGUGCGGCUGGCACCGACAGCUUUGUAAAUUUUCCAAAACCAAGAAGGUGAUACUGUAUCAAGCACCUUGCGGCAUCAGGCUGCGAAAUAUGGAGGAGCUGCACCGUUAUCUUCGCACCACUAACAGUAUCUUAUCUGUUGAUUUGUUUGAUUUUGACUAUUGGGUGCGUGCCUUCGCGGACUUCGUCGUGGAGAAAUGUUUCAUCAACAUCAAAGAUCUCAGUUACGGCGUGGAGAACGUGCCAAUACCGUGCGUGAACGACUUGGACCACACCCAACCGGACACCAUCAGAUAUACCACACGCAGAGAACCAACCGAAGGUGUCAAUUUGAAUCUGAAUCCAGCAUUCUUAUGCAGCUGUGAUUGUGAAGAUGAUUGUCAAGACAAGACCAAGUGCCAAUGUUGGCAAUUAACGAUACAAGGAGCAACUUUGGGUGGCAAGGUUCCGGAUACCGCUGUUGGCUAUGUUUAUAAACGUCUACCCGAACCAGUGACCACUGGAAUCUACGAGUGCAACUCGGGAUGCAAGUGUUCAGUGAGAACGUGUCUAAACAGAGUAGUCCAGCAUCCUCUCGGAUUAAAAUUGCAGGUGUUUAAAACCGGACCACGUGGUUGGGGUAUAAGAUGUCUCAAUGACAUUCCUCAUGGCGCUUUUAUUUGCAUAUAUGCAGGCAGGUUGCUCACUGAACAGGGCGCGAACGAAGGUGGCAAAAAUUAUGGUGACGAAUAUCUAGCCGAGUUAGAUUAUGUGGAGGUUGUGGAAGGUAUUAAGGAAGGCUAUGAAAGUGACGUUCUCGAAACAGAAGAGUCAAUGUCACCCACGGAUGAUCAAGAGAAGGACGACGUCUUGAGUGACGAGGAAGACACUUCGAAGGAGAACGCCAAUGAUUCGGACGAAGAUUAUAUAACCAAUUAUCUGAGAAGGAGAAAUUUGUUUGAAACAUCGGAAGCUUCGUCCAUCAGAAAGCGUUUGAGAAAACGAAAAAAGAAGAACAUGAGAGAUCCACCAGAGAGUUUCGAAGAGAGCAGCGAGGACGGAAUCACUAUAAAAGACUCAGAGAAAUCUUCUGCGAAUGAGAAUCGUUUAGCGGAUCAGGAUGGGGCUAAUGGAAGUGAUGACGAAGAUAGUAGAAACAAUUUAAGAGAACCGAGUAGAUUCGAACCGAGUGUAGAUGCAACGCAAAUAAAAAGAUCGGCAUUCAAGUCUGUAAGAGACUUUUUCGGCGAAGAUGAGGCUGUUUAUAUCAUGGAUGCCAAAACGACUGGAAAUAUCGGUCGUUAUUUAAAUCACUCCUGUGACCCAAAUGUCUUCGUGCAAAACGUUUUCGUCGAUACGCAUGAUGUACGUUUCCCGUGGGUGGCAUUCUUCGCACUACAGUACAUAAAAGCCGGCCAAGAGCUCACGUGGAAUUACAGUUAUGAUGUAGGCAGCAUACCGGGUAAAGUGAUUAUUUGCAAGUGUGGUGCGGCUAACUGCAGAGGCCGUCUUUUAUAAGCUGUGCGUUUUAUAGGUGGCUUUUUAAUCGGUGAAUCUUUUCUUUACAAAAAUAAAGUUCUCACUGACAUCGUUAAUUGAUAGUGUAUCGUUAAUGAUAAUGCAUCGUUAAUGAUAUGUAUCAAAAGUAUCAUAUCAUUUAUCAUUAUUUAUUUUUACUGAUAUCUGUGUUAUGUAAACACAUAAACUGAGAUGCAUUAUACGUAUGAAUAUGUGUGUUCUUAGAGAUUUUGUACAAUAAUUCGUAAUAUGCGUGACUAUUUCUGACAAGUUAUUUAGAAAAAAUAUGCUAUUGAUAUAACUAUUUAUAUUAUUAAAGAACAUAAGAUUUUAUAGUAUGUAGAAAAAGUAAUUUCUUUUUUUUUUAAGGACAAGGUUUGCGUAGUGAUUCAUCAUAUGUAGAACUUAAGGAAAGAAAGCAAUAUAUUCAUAACAAUGAAUGAAUGUAUUUGCUUGUUACUUUUGAUUAUUGUACAUUCUUAGCAUUCAUUAGAUACGUUAUAUGUUGGUAGCAUUACAAA